CUUACCAUUGAUUUACUAAGUGAAAAGGAGUUUUCUAUGACCGUAAAACCUUGAAAAUUGUGCUUGUAACAUUCAAGCACUUGGCAAUGAUUUGAAAUUGAAAUUAUAGAACACACGUGUGAAUUGUUCAAGUAAAUAUUGAAUAAAUAAUCAGUAUUAACGCAUUUGUUAUUAUUGCAGUCAAUAUUAAAUUCACUGUUGCUAAUAUUUAAUGAAGUUGUAGUUUUUGUCUGUGUUGUGUUAUGUAGGAUGUUGUCAUGUACCAAUUUUAAAUAGUUUCGGGUGUAGCACACUUAUUGCGUUUUAACUGCGAUCAAGUUUCGUGUGUUUAGUAGCAAUCAUGAUUCGAGCGAGUGCGCAUCGCUUAUUUAGCAAUCAACUCGCGAUAAACUCAUUGAAACGAUGUUACGCUCUUGGUGUAACCGCAGAAACGGAACCGGAUGUGAUCCCAAGCGAUUGGCAUAGUGCAAAACCAUAUGAAUCUAUUCCUGGCCCGACCCCGUGGCCAAUUGUUGGUAAUGCCUGGAGAUUCAUUGGAGGGGUUGAUUUUUUAAAGAUAAUGAAACAAAUGCAUAAUAAAUAUGGCGAUGUGGUGAUAAUGCGCCAACUUCUGGCUCUUGGUGAUAUGACAAUGCUUUUUAACAUUCGUGACAUCGAAUGGUUGCUUCGUAAUGAAGGAGCGUGGCCUAUUCGUGAUGGUUUAGCAUCCAGUUACAGAUAUCGUCAUGUACUACGCAAGGACGUAUUCGGAGACACUUAUGGUUUAAUUAACGGUCAGAAUGAAAGUUGGGGAACUUUUCGAACGGCAGUUAAUCCAAUAAUGAUGCAGCCUCGCACAACACAUCAGUACAUACCUCAAAUCAACGAAAUUGGUGAUGAAUUCAUUGAGCUCGUUACAAAAUUGAAGUCGAAGGAUGCCAAUAAUGAAACACCCGACAAUUUCGCUGAUGAACUGAAUAAAUGGGCGUUUGAAUCAAUCACGGCCAUUGCAUUGGACACGCGAUUAGGUGUUUUAGCUGAGAAACCCAGUGCUAAAGCAGAAAAAGCUGUACAAUAUAUUACCGAAAGUUUUGGUUUAAUAUUUCAAUUGGAUUUCAUGCCGGCUGGAAAGCUUCACAUGAAGUUUAAUACGUCAGUAUGGAAAAAGUUUGUUAGAAAUCAGGAUUACUUCACUGAUAUGUGCUUGGAGUUGAUUGAGCAGGCACAACAAAGGAUUAACAACAAUCCAAAUUAUACUCUGAAACAAGAACAUGAGAAAAGUGUCUUUGAAAGAUUGGUGGCUAAAGAUAAGAAAGUGGCAAUGGUGAUGACUCUGGACAUGAUGGGUGCCGGAGUGGACACAACCGCUAAGGCCGUGGCUGCUACAUUGUAUUUCCUAGCAAAGUCACAAAAAUCACAAGAAGCCCUUCGUUCAGAGUUGAAACGUCUUCUACCAAAUAAAAAUUCCCCAAUUACCAAACAAGUCCUCGAUGACGCAAAAUAUUUGCGCGCCGCCAUUAAAGAGGCUUUGAGAUUAGCACCGAUCGGCAUUGGGAAUAUGCGCAAGAUGACUAAACCAAUGGUACUUGGCGGGUAUCAGAUACCUGAAGGCACGUUGAUAUCAAUGCCUAAUUUGUACUUGAGUAAAGUGAUUGAUAAGCACUUUUCAAACCCGCAAGAGUACAUUCCGGAGCGAUGGUUGCGAGAGGUUAAAACUGAGAAUGUGAAUGCGUUUGUUUCGUUACCAUUUGGUUUUGGCGCUCGAAGUUGUAUUGGAAAACGGAUGGCUAGUAUGGAGAUUGAAGUGAUUGUUGCUAAAAUGGUGCGAAACUUUGUUCUUGAAUGGCAUCACAAGGAUAUGUUCUUUAAGCAAGGGCUUAUCUAUGGAGUUGCUGAUCCGUUGAAAAUUAAAUUGAUAGAUCUACCAAGUUAAGUAUUGUCGCACAUGUUUUUCUUAUUAAACUAAUAGAUAAUAAAAUAAUAAAUAAUAAAACUUG